CAGCCCCGCCUCGGAGCCCGACGCCGACUCACUGGAGAGGCGCGAGAGGUUCCUCUGCCUGUUCGAGAAGCUCAUCGAGAUUUUUUGUUUGAUGUCCCGCUCUACUAGCUUGUUCGAAGCGAGAUGUCUACCAUGCUACUCCCGAAUCGACUUGAGCUGGCACACAAAGGAAUCCCACCAUUGCUCAUUCCUCCAAAAUUCACAACUCCAAAAUGCCCCCCACUAAGUUAGGCCUAGCCCAAAAUGGCGCAUUGUCAACAGUGUCGCGCAACUGUAGAAUUGAGUUAUGUCGUGGACACAGUCGUAUCCAUUCAACUGUAAUACGUUAUUGUACAGUUCUAAUGUCUGACCAAAUCAAUAAUGUAAUCAGCAUACUACACACUCCGGUACGGUAGGUGGCGAUAUGCAGCUUUGCGUUGGCGUUAAACCCACAUUAGACCAAAAAAGAAGAAGCGAGAUUUCCCCUGCCAUCUUAAUAAAAUACAAAAUAAUGGCGAUUACAGGAUAGUGCACAACCAAGAUAUUGUCGAAAACACACACUGCUAAGCGAAAAUAAUUCCACACAACAGUAAAUAUAAAGUCAUUUGAAGUUAGCAUAAGAUAGCAUUGUGAAACUGAAAUAGCUAACUAAGCGAGUCGGUUAACGUAAUAACCAGCUAACCCACUUGCUAGUAUCUACCUUAUUACGUGUGUAGCCAACGUUGUUCCAAUAGAUUAACAUGCUAUAUCCUUGUUUUAAAACAUUAGUUAUUUAGCUGGAUUAUAACCAGGACACGAUGAUGUUGGUUUACAUUUCAUGAAAAGCAACGCGAGAAAGCUUGCUGAAAUCUGCAGAUGUUACCUAAUGUUUCGUACAACCCUGCAAAUCAAAUGAAAAAAGACUCAACAGAACAGUGAUAAGAUAACGUUUGGUGAAAUUCAAUGAAAAGUGGAAGAAUUUCGUCAGGCGUUUCGUUUUGUUCGUCUAUCAUGGUUUUAAUCCCAAAAUUUAAUUGCACACUUACGCUCUUUGCUUGCACCACACUUGUACCCGACGUGGGGUAGGGCACUAUAGAAGACGGAAGUGGGCAUCCGCCAUAUUUGCUGUGUUGUUUUGGCGUUUACGAAGCACACUUCUAGUGCCCUUCUCUGCAUCUUUUCUCCACACGAAGGGUACGAGCGAUGGAAACCAAGGAUACAGCCACGAUAUUCCCUUAUAAAAUGACGGACGAGGACACAGCAAAUUUAAUCAAAUUGCGGGCGUCAAAUGAAGCGCUCUUCACGGGCAAGAGAAAUGCAUCCAAGAUUGCAUGGAGGGCAGUUAUAAGAGAGAUGGGCUUGCAAGGGAAGGUAACUUCUGGCCAGGCCAGCAAAAAGUGGGAAAACCUAAAAAAGAAAUACAAGGAGCUGAAGUUCCCGCCCGGCGGGCUGGGGGCCGGGGGCGACGUCACCGCCGCCUCCUGGCACUGGUUCUACCUGAUGAACGAGGCCAUGGAGGGCAGGCUCUCCGCCAGCGCCCCGGUGCUCACCACCAUGUCGUACGGCGAGGACGAGCCCGACUCCCCCGGCGUGGCCGCCGCGAGGCCGCACUCGCGGAAGCGGCGGAAGGAGGUGGAGAAGAACGAGAUCCUGGAGUUCCUGACGAGCGAGGCGGGCCGGGACGAGGGCCUGGCCCUGGAGGUGAAGGAGGCGGAGGCCAUGGGCAUGUACAAGACGGACGCGUACGCGGACGGGGACGAGGCGGAGAGCGAGCGCGCGGCCAUGGAGGCGGAGCGGGAGCGGGCGGGGCUGGAGGCGGAGCGGGUGGGCCUGCACAUCCAGAGGGCGGGGUUCGAGCGGGAGCUGGCGGCCAUCGACCGCGACCGCGCGGCGCUGGAGCGCGAGAAGGCCGGCGUGGAGCGCGACCGGGCGGCCGUGGAGCGCGACCGCGCCCUGCUGGAGAAGGACCGCGCCUCCAUGGAGCGCGAACGCGCCGCCCUGGACCGCGACUGGGCGCUGCUGGAGAAGGAGCGCGCCUCCCUGGAGCGCCAGCGCGCCCUGCUGCAGCGGGACCGGGAGGCGCUGAGGAGCGGCACGUUCCCCGUGAAGGACGACAGCCCCGCCGAGCCCGACGCCGACUCUCUGGAGAGGCGCGAGCGCUUCCUCUGCCUGUUCGAGAAGCUCAUCGAGAAGUUGUGAAGUCGCGGGGGGAGGAAACGCACUACUCACCGUCCCGUCGCCCCUUCAUGUGCUUUCGUCAUCCCACGCGGAAGACCAGAGGCGGCUGCUGUGCUCAAAAUUACUGGGGUGGAAAACUUCCCCUUAAACUGAUUAUUGGGCUGGACCUGUUUUCAGUCAGUUCCCUUGAUUAUCAAUACUGUGUUUAAUUCACUGUUUUCUUAUUGCUGCUUAUACUGAAAGCUAACUCGGUAGUUAACAGAUAGAGGUGUUUUUUUUUUGUUCAGUGUUUUUUUGCUACUUGGUGAUUGAAAUAGAUUUUUCUAAAUGUAAUUUAUUAUUUAAUCUCCCUCACACAAUGUGAAGAGGCUGUGUGCUAUUUGCAAAUUAAUCAGUCAGAUCAUUGCAAUGAUAACAGGUUGAGACCAGUGAUCAGUUUAAAGGAUCAGUUUUCUGUGUUUUCUAUUUUCAGCUCACCAACGGCAGCUACGGAUGACCCAAAUAAAACAAAAACAUAACAACAGGUAGAUUCUUCAGACAGGCGAUGAACCUGCUGCAUUCCAUGUUGCAUUUUUCAACAGAAGAUCUUUGUAUAAAACUAAGUCCAGUAUCGGGAGAGAAAGGGGAACCGUGGCUCGCCUCUGUGUGGAGCUCAUUUUAGACGACAUUUGCAAAGCCAUUGUUGACUUAUUUUUCGGUGAUUGCCCGCGCCAAUUGCCUGACAAUGAAGACAUUACGCCACUCCUGUUCUGGAGAGGUGGUUUAAAGAUCUUUAUUCAAAUGUGGUAUUUCAGUACAAAUCACAGAUAGGCCAUAGGCUUAACCCCAACCGUCCCCCACCCCCUGAGUCAUACACUAGCUUUCGCCCUUCAAAGCACCCUAUAUGCUCAAAAUAACACUUUUCAUUGUAAUAUACCAAAUAUUGCAGUUCAUGUAAAAAAGUCAUCAUUUCAGAAUAUAUAUUUUUUUAUAUUACAGACUUUACAAACAGUUGCUUGUGUAUAAAUGCUUCCUUUAUUGCGUCAGCCGUUCAGUCAGUAGCUGGAGUUCAUGUUUGUCCGACCGUUAUCUCCGUUUUUCUAAGUGUUUGUGCAAACUGUGACGUGACCUCCAGAACGACGUGGCGAGGCAUUGUGAGUGGAAGAAACAGACCAACAGAAACAAUACUAAUGUCUUGUCUGAGAAGUGAAAUAAAAGAUGUCUUAAUUGGAA